GAAGAGGGCGCGAGGGUAGCAGCUGUAGGGAGCCGCCAGCCCUGCCUGCGGGUCCCCGCGGGGCGCAUGGGGCGCUUCGAGCCGGGACUGCGUGCGGGCCCCGAGUCCAGUUUCCUGCUGUCGUAAGAAGCCGCGCCAGGACGCCCCCCGGACCCUGAGCUGCUGGGAGAAUGACCAUGGCUGGGGGCAGGAGGGGACUGGUGGCCCCGCAGAACACGUUUCUGGAGAAUAUUGUCCGGCGGUCCAAUGAUACUAAUUUUGUGUUGGGGAAUGCUCAGAUAGUGGACUGGCCUAUUGUGUACAGCAAUGAUGGAUUUUGCAAGCUCUCUGGCUAUCACAGGGCAGAAGUGAUGCAAAAAAGCAGCACCUGCAGUUUUAUGUAUGGGGAGCUGACUGAUAAAGAUACAAUUGAAAAAGUGCGGCAAACAUUUGAGAACUAUGAGAUGAAUUCCUUUGAAAUUUUAAUGUACAAGAAGAACAGGACACCUGUGUGGUUCUUUGUGAAAAUUGCUCCAAUUCGAAACGAACAGGAUAAAGUGGUUUUAUUUCUUUGCACUUUCAGUGACAUAACAGCUUUCAAACAGCCAAUUGAGGAUGAUUCAUGUAAAGGCUGGGGGAAGUUUGCUCGGCUGACAAGAGCACUGACAAGCAGCAGGGGUGUCCUGCAGCAGCUGGCUCCAAGCGUGCAAAAAGGCGAGAAUGUCCACAAGCACUCCCGCCUGGCAGAGGUCCUACAGCUGGGCUCAGACAUCCUUCCCCAGUACAAGCAAGAGGCACCAAAGACUCCCCCUCACAUCAUCUUACAUUACUGUGUUUUUAAGACCACGUGGGAUUGGAUCAUCUUGAUCUUGACCUUCUAUACAGCCAUCUUGGUCCCUUAUAAUGUCUCCUUCAAAACCAGGCAGAACAAUGUGGCCUGGCUGGUUGUUGAUAGCAUCGUGGAUGUUAUCUUUCUGGUGGACAUUGUGCUCAAUUUUCAUACCACCUUUGUUGGACCAGCAGGGGAGGUGAUUUCUGACCCCAAACUUAUCCGCAUGAACUACCUGAAGACGUGGUUUGUGAUUGACCUUCUGUCCUGUUUGCCAUAUGAUGUCAUCAACGCUUUUGAGAACGUGGAUGAGGGCAUCAGCAGCCUGUUCAGCUCUCUAAAAGUUGUCCGGCUGCUCCGUCUUGGGCGAGUGGCCCGUAAGCUGGACCACUACAUUGAAUAUGGAGCUGCUGUGCUGGUCCUGCUGGUGUGUGUGUUUGGGCUGGCUGCACACUGGAUGGCCUGCAUCUGGUACAGCAUUGGGGACUAUGAGAUCUUUGACGAGGACACCAAGACAAUCCGCAACAACAGCUGGCUGUACCAACUAGCGAUGGACAUUGGCACCCCUUACCAGUUUAAUGGGUCUGGCUCAGGGAAGUGGGAAGGUGGUCCCAGCAAGAAUUCUGUCUACAUCUCCUCGUUGUAUUUCACAAUGACCAGCCUCACCAGUGUGGGCUUUGGGAACAUCGCCCCGUCCACAGACAUUGAGAAGAUCUUUGCAGUGGCCAUCAUGAUGAUUGGCUCACUUCUCUAUGCCACCAUCUUCGGAAAUGUGACGACCAUUUUCCAACAGAUGUAUGCCAACACCAACAGAUACCAUGAGAUGCUCAACAGUGUUCGAGACUUCCUGAAGCUCUACCAGGUGCCAAAAGGAUUGAGUGAGCGAGUCAUGGAUUAUAUCGUGUCCACUUGGUCCAUGUCCAGAGGCAUUGACACAGAGAAGGUCCUGCAGAUCUGCCCCAAGGACAUGAGAGCUGACAUCUGCGUGCACCUGAACCGCAAGGUUUUCAAGGAGCACCCAGCCUUCCGGCUGGCCAGUGAUGGCUGCCUCCGGGCACUGGCCAUGGAGUUCCAGACGGUGCAUUGUGCCCCAGGGGAUCUCAUCUACCAUGCAGGAGAGAGCGUUGACAGCCUCUGCUUUGUGGUUUCUGGCUCCCUGGAGGUGAUCCAAGAUGAUGAGGUGGUGGCCAUCCUAGGAAAAGGAGACGUGUUUGGAGAUGUGUUCUGGAAGGAAGCCACCCUUGCCCAGUCCUGUGCCAAUGUGAGGGCCCUGACCUACUGUGAUCUGCAUGUGAUCAAGCGGGAUGCCCUGCAGAAAGUGCUGGAAUUCUACACAGCCUUCUCCCAUUCCUUCUCCCGGAACCUGAUUCUGACAUACAACCUGAGGAAGAGGAUUGUGUUCCGGAAGAUCAGCGACGUGAAACGUGAAGAGGAAGAGCGCAUGAAACGAAAGAAUGAGGCCCCCCUGAUCUUGCCCCCAGACCACCCUGUCCGGCGCCUCUUCCAGAGAUUCCGACAGCAGAAAGAGGCCAGGCUGGCGGCUGAGAGAGGGGGCCGGGACCUGGAUGACCUAGAUGUGGAGAAGGGCAAUGUCCUCACAGAGCAUGCCUCCGCCAACCACAGCCUCAUGAAGGCCAGCGUGGUCACCGUACGUGAGAGUCCUGCCACGCCCGUGUCCUUCCAGGCAGCCUCCACCUCCGGGGUUCCAGACCACGCAAAGCUACAUGCACCCGGGUCCGAGUGCCUGGGCCCCAAGGCGGGCGGGGGCGAUUGUGCCAAGCGCAAAGGCUGGGCCCGCUUCAAAGAUGCUUGCGGGAAGGGUGAGGAAUGGAACAAGGUGUCCAAGGCUGAGUCGAUGGAGACACUUCCCGAGAGGACAAAAGCAUCAGGCGAGGCCACGCUGAAGAAGACAGACUCGUGUGACAGUGGCAUCACCAAGAGCGACUUGCGGCUGGACAACGUGGGUGAGGCCAGGAGUCCCCAGGAUCGGAGUCCCAUCCUGGCAGAGGUCAAGCAUUCUUUCUACCCCAUCCCUGAGCAGACGCUGCAGGCCACAGUCCUGGAGGUGAGGCACGAGCUGAAGGAGGACAUCAAGGCCUUAAACGCCAAAAUGACCAAUAUUGAGAAACAGCUCUCUGAGAUACUCAGGAUAUUAACUUCCAGAAGAUCCUCUCAGUCUCCUCAGGAGCUGUUUGAAAUAUCGAGGCCACAGUCCCCAGAAUCAGAGAGAGACAUUUUUGGAGCCAGCUGAGAGGUCUAUUAAAAGAAAAGUCAGAGACAGACACCUACAACCUUGCCGU